AUGCCUCGCGAUCUUAAGAAGGGCUCAUCGGUGAAACCGAUUUCGCCAGAUGGCGACGACGUCUUUGCCCCUUCACAGGGGAGCCGAAAGGGUGUAGGAAAGUCACGGAAGUACUCCAAGAAGUCCGCACAGGACUAUGACUCGGAUGAGUCUGAUUCCGACUCCGAGUUCUACAAACCUACCCAACGAGAGCUUAGAGAUAACGGCGUACUCAAGUACAAACCUCGCGCCAUGGAUCACCUUAUGGUGAACGUAGCAGGAGUCAGCAUCAAGGAUGAAUCCGAAUCAGACUCCGACAAGGUCAAGAAAGCCAAGAAGGCUAAGAAGGCCAUGGAAGAAGAGGCCAACAAACAGGCUCUGGAGAGACUCGAGCGUCGGGAGGCAAAGGCACAUCGGGAGGCUAUGAAACAGUUUGCUCAGGCUGAAGACUCCGAAGUCGAGAGACCUUCGAAGAAGAAGAAGGGUAGCAAGCACCAUUCUCGGGCUACAGACUCUGAGUCUGAACUUGAGAAGCCCGCUAAGAAGAAGGGAAAGUCCAUGUGGUCAAAGUGGAUGUAA